UCGGUCCAACUCGACGGGUACUGUGAAAAUAUGUGACGGCGUAAUGAUGAGUUCUUCGAACGUCAGUGACACGCCAUGGAUCAUCUAUAUAUUAAUCAAGCUUUCUACUGAUUUAGAGCAGACGAAAGAAAUAUUUCUUUGGUAGUGAAAAGCGAAGAGAGAAGAAAACAAGCUUUCCCACAAAUUCAGUGCAGAGGAAAGAAAUACUUGUUUGGUACGAAAACCGCGAGGAGAAGAAGAACAGCAGAAAUGGGGGCGCAUGUGAUGAUGCUGUCGUCGUUGGGGCACGGUCACCUGAUCCCCUUCAUGCAGCUUGCCCAGAAAUUAGCCGCCAAGGGUUUAACCGUCAGUUUUGUGACAACCUUUCACCACAUCCCUUCACUGCGCAAGAAAGUGGAUGGCGCUUGUGAGGCCGGGCUGGACAUCCACCUGCUUGAAAUGGAGAUUCCCCACGACCACUUAACGCUGGGCAAAGUGAACAGCAACAGCGUGCAGUGGCACCAGCUCCCUCCCCUGCUUGACGCCGACGAGAGGCUUCAGCCCCAUUUCCAACGCUUUCUGGAACGCUUUUUAGCCGGGGAAAUAAGCUCCCUCCCCGCUCCCGUCUGCCUCAUUACAGAUUUUCUUCUGGGUUGGUCAUCCGCUGUAGCUCAAAAGUUUGGCAUACCCAGAGUGAGUUUCGAGACGUCGGGCAUGUUCGCGGAGUCGGUGCAGCAGAUCGUGUGGGACACUCUCCCGCGGAACCUCCCGCGAACGGCGUCGGGGCGGUACUUGGUGCCGGGCGUGCCAAAGGAAGUGAGGCUCAGCCGCCUUCAGCUCUUGCCCGAGCUGCCCGAGGCCACGCCGGAGAACGGCACCCACCAGUUCUGGGUGCGGCAAAGGCGCGGGAAUAAGCAGAGCUGGAGGACGAUCGUCAACACGUUUUACGAGCUCGAAGGGGAGUUUGUGGACCAUUUUGAGAGGGUUAACGGGACUCUCAGAACAAUCGGGCCUUUGCUUUCGCCGGAGGCGUUCGAGGACGGGCAUGUUGAACGCAAAAGAAUCGCCCCUGCGGUGGAAUUGGGAACGAGCACGGAGGGAGAAAAGUGUAUGCAGUGGCUGGACGAGCAGGCGGAGGAAUCGGUGCUUUAUAUUUCCUUCGGCAGUGAGAAUUCCAUCCCGACGGCGCAGGUGGAGGAGCUGGCGCUUGGGUUGGAAGCGAGCGGGGUGAAGUUCGUGUGGGUUCUGCGCAUGCCCUCGGACGCCGCUCAGAAUUCCUUUACCUCUGCGUUAGACUCUCUCCCGGCGGGGUUGCAUAGUCGCAUGGCGGCCAAAAACCAGGGGUUCUUCGUCCUCGGGUGGGCCCCGCAGGUGGGCAUUCUGGCCCACCCUUCCACCGGUGGGUUUCUUUCUCACUGUGGUUGGAAUGCGGUUCUGGAAUCCACCACGACGGGAGUUCCACUCAUCGCCUGGCCGCUUUAUGCGGAACAGCCUUUCAACUCCAAGUUGGUGGUGGAUGAGAUCGGGAUAGCUGUGGAAGCGCCCCAGAGAAUUGAGCAGAAUUGGCUGGUGACUAGAGAUGACGUGGAGAGAAUCGUACGGUCGCUGAUGAUCGAAGAGAAGGGCAAAGAGUUGAGGAAAAGGGUGAAAGCAUUGAAGGCGGCAGCCAAGACAGCGGUGGGCGAAGGGGGAUCUUCUUCUAAAAGUUUCGAUCUAUUCGUUUCAGAAAUCAUGGCUCUGCCACAAGCGUGAGACAAACCAGCUUUGCCAUUGGAAAUAAUGUGUUCAAUAAAGUGCUGCGACACUUCUGAGAGCCCCGACCCCCACCAUUAGAGGUCGAAUUUUAAGCUUCUCAUAUAAAAUCGCAUCUUCGAUUAUGAGAGGUGAAAAGUUCGGGUGUAUAAUGGGUCCUGUAGAGCAUCGAAAUAAUCGUUGCCUUUAAGUUCUUUAUUUAUUUAGUCAACUUUAUUUUUGUUUGGCUCUA